CCAGUUUAGACCAAACACAAUGCUUAUGCAACAAUAAAUAUCACCCUUUUUUUUUUCUAACUUUCCUGUCAACUCCAUGUGCCCAUUACAUAACAAAAAUGAAAAUCUCACUGCCCAUAACAAAAUCUUGAAAUCUGAUCUGAAAAUCUUGUAGCAAUUCUUAUACAAAAUGUUCAAUUUUUUCACAUUUUUCUGCCUUAUUGUUUCCUUGUCAAUUCUUGCUUCAUGUGAGCUUGAUGAAUUCAUCUAUACAAGAUUCAAUGAACCAAACAACAGCCUAACAUUGAGUGGAGUAGCAAAAAUAGGCCAAAAUGGCUAUAUUCAGCUAACUAAUGACACAAGUAGACUAAUGGGACAUGCUUUUUAUUCUUCACCUUUCCAUUUCAAGAACUCAAGUGAUUCCACUGCUUUCUCUUUCUCAACGUGUUUCGCGUUGGCCAUAGUCCCCGAGUAUCCAAAACUCGGGGGCCAUGGCCUAGCGUUCACGAUUUCUCCUUCUAAAGACUUUAGUACAGCUCUUCCAAGUCAGUACUUAGGCCUGCUUAAUGCAAGUGAUAUUGGUAACUACUCUAACCAUAUUUUUGCUGUUGAAUUCGACACGGUACGAGAUUUUGAGUUUGGUGACAUUAAUGAUAACCAUGUUGGUGUUAAUAUUAACAGCUUAGCGUCCAAUAAGUCUGCUGCAGCUGCCUACUUCAAUGAUGAUCAGUCAGUGAAACAAGAUUUGAAUCUCAAAAGUGGGAAAGUUAUUCUUGCUUGGGUAGAAUAUGAUUCUGUUACAAGAUUAGUUAAUGUCACUCUUUCACCAACUUCAUCAAAGCCCAAGGUUCCACUUUUAUCCUAUCAUUUAGACCUUUCGCUUAUUUUCAAAGAGAAUAUGUAUGUUGGCUUCGCUGCUUCUACUGGUUUGCUUGCUAGUUCACAUUAUGUUCUAGGUUGGAGUUUUAAGUUGAAUGGAGAAUCCAAAUUUCUUGACUUGGAUUCUUUGCCUUCACUUCCUGGACCUAAGAAGAAGCACACUGGCCUAAUUAUAGUCAUCUCGGUUAUAUCAGUUGUUUUAGCGUUGAGCUUGAUACUGGUUGCGGUUUAUCUAGUCUGGAUGUUCAAGAAUGCUGAUGUGAUUGAGCCUUGGGAGCUUGAGAUUGGUCCUCAUAGAUAUUCUUAUCAAGAACUCAAGAAAGCUACUAGAGGUUUUAAGGAGAGUGAACUACUUGGGCGUGGUGGAUUUGGCAAAGUUUACAAGGGUGUUUUGAGAAAUUCAAAAGCACAAAUCGCUGUGAAACGUAUUUCCCAUGAAUCUAAACAAGGGUUAAGGGAAUUUGUAUCUGAAAUUGCUAGCAUUGGGAGACUCCGUCAUAGGAAUUUGGUUCAAUUGUUUGGAUGGUGCAGACGUCGUGGUGAUUUGUUGCUUGUGUAUGAAUUUAUGCCUAAUGGAAGCUUGGAUAACUUCUUGUUUGAUCAGCCAAAAAUGGUAUUGACAUGGGAACAAAGGUUCAAGAUCAUCAAAGGGGUUGCUUCUGGUUUACUUUACUUACAUGAAGGCUAUGAACAAGUCGUGGUACAUCGAGACAUUAAGGCUAGUAAUGUGCUACUAGAUGGUGAAUUAAAUGGUAAGCUUGGGGAUUUUGGACUAGCAAGAUUGUAUGAGCACGGGUCUAAUCCUUCCACGACUAAAGUGGUAGGUACAUUGGGGUACCUUGCACCAGAAUUACCAAGAACAGGACGAGCCACUACAAAGACUGAUGUGUUUGCCUUUGGUGCUUUGUUACUCGAGGUGGUUUGUGGACGUAGGCCAAUUGAACACAAAGCAGGACCGGAGGAGUUUGUUCUGAUGGAUUUAGUAUGGGAUAAAUGGAGAGAAGGGAAAAUUAUUGACGUUGUGGACUAUAGAAUGAAAGGCGAAUUCAAUAAGAGCGAGGUUUUGAUGGUGCUAAAAUUGGGACUAAUGUGCUCAAAUAACAAGCCAUUGGCGCGACCAAGCAUUAGGCAAGUCGUAAGAUACUUGGAAGGUGAAAUCGGGAUGCCUGAGGCUCUAACAGCCCAUGAUUCUGAUGACUUUGAAGGAUUUGGAUUCGAUGAAAGUGAACAUUGGAACUCUUUAGGAUCGACUAAUAUCUUCAAGUCAAGUUCGUUUACAUGUUUGUCUAAUGGAGAUGAAAAUAGCAGUACUUAUGUCUCUUUUUCUACUUCACCACUUCCACUUUUAUACAGUGGUGAAAUACCUAGAUACUGAUGUGUAAUUAGCAUUUACAAAGCUCUCAAUAUUUUUCCAGGAACAUUUCCUGAUGAACUCUAAUGUACAUGGUAUUUACAUUUUCUUUGUGCUACCUCCUCUGUACCAAUUCUAGUCUAUGAACACUAAAUUGCAUAA